AGAUGUCAUACCUUGCUUUCGCCUUCAUUUUGUUGAUGAUCAGCUUCAAGACUCCUUUUAUGAGAUGCCAGAAUGUCUCAUGCAAUUCCACUGACCUUAGAGCCUUGAUUAGCUUCUCCAAUUUCAUAGAGUGGGGGCUUGACUGGAGUAGCUCAGAGUCAAAUUGUUGCACUUGGACAGGAGUCACUUGUGACAAUUCCACCAUUUCAAGUAAAAGGGUACUCAGGUUAGAGCUUGGAGCAAAAAAACUUGUAGGAAAACUCUCCGAGUCCUUGGCAGAUUUGGAUCAGCUGCGAAUCCUGAACGUCUCUCACAAUCUCCUUCAAGGUUCUCUUCCAGGAAAGUUAUUUGGUUUGCAGAAGCUGGAGAUCCUUGACUUGAGCAAUAAUUAUUUUGUCGGUCCUAUACCAGGACGUAGUGAUUUACCCUUAAUCCGGUACGUUGACAUUUCAAAGAACAAUUUUAAUGGCACUCUUUAUGCGACAAUUUUCGAAACCUCACCCCAUAUUCAAGUUCUCAAUCUUGCAAAUAAUUAUUUCGCUGGUGAAGUUUCAGCAAGCUUUGGAAGUUGUUAUCGUCUGCAGCAUCUCUUUCUUGAUGGAAAUGAUCUCACAGGAAAUUUUCCUGAGAGUCUCCUGCAACUGCGAGAUCUUCAUACAUUGAACAUUCAGGAUAAUUUGUUUUUGGGGUCAUUGAAUGAAGGAAUCAGCAACCUUUCCAACCUUGUGAAAUUGGAUGUCUCCUUCAACAGGUUUACUGGAAUUCUCCCAGAUGUUUUUGAGAGUCUUGGAAAGCUUGAGCACUUCUCAGCCAGAUCGAAUAUGUUCUACGGGCAUUUGCCUAAAUCAUUGGUGAAUUCCCCAUCCAUAAUAACUCUUGAUUUAAGCUCCAACGCCCUCAGUGGUAUAAUCAAUAUUAACUGUUCAGCAAUGCUUCACCUCUCCUCCCUCAGUCUCGGUGCUAAUCAAUUCUCUGGUCCAGUACCUGAGAGUAUAUCCUCUUGCCAAAGACUAAGUAACCUGAAUCUUGGUCGUAAUAACCUUAGUGGAGAAGUUCCUUAUGCCUUCAAGGAUCUCCAGGCCCUUACCUCCCUCUCUCUCUCAAACUCUAGCCUUGUUAACAUAUCAUCAGCACUUGCAAUUUUACAACACUGCAAAAACUUAACCUCACUGUUCCUUGGUGACAACUUUCAUGAUGAGCAAAUGCCUAGAAAUAUGAAUUUGCACUUCAGGAAUCUGAAAACACUUGUUAUUCCCCACUGUGGACUUAAAGGUCAGUUUCCAAUAUGGCUGGGUAGCAGCAAGAUGUUACAACUUCUGGAUAUUUCAAGGAAUCAAAUGACUGGAACCAUUCCUUCCGGUUUCCAUGAGUUCAAAUUUCUCUUUUACAUGGAUCUCUCGCACAAUUCUUUCACUGGUGAAAUACCAGUGAGCUUAACCGAGUUAGAGGGCCUAAUCAAGAAGAACGUCUCAGAAGAAAGACCUUCCUUAGGCUUCCCACUUUUCAAGGCAAGAAAUAUGUACAAACAGAUUUCGAGUUUUCGACCAACUUUGGAUUUGAGUUACAACAAGCUAAGCGGACUGAUAUGGCCAAGUUUUGGAAAUUUGAAAGAACUACAUGUUCUAAAUCUGAAGGAUAAUCAUCUGUCAGGAAAUAUUCCUGACAGUUUAUCAGGCAUGACGAACUUGGAAGUUUUGGACUUGUCCCAAAAUGAAUUAUCAGGAGAAAUACCUCUUUCAUUGGAAAAGCUUAGUUUUCUAGCACGGUUCAGUGUCGCAUACAAUCAGCUGCAUGGAGAAAUCCCCAGAGGAGGCCAGUUCUUGACCUUUCCAUCUUCAAGCUUUGAGGGAAACAAGGGUCUGCUCAGUGAUAACGUGACUCCUCGCCAGCCUCAACCAGCUGAUGAAGAUAUGACUAUCAUAGGUUUGCAAUUUGGAUUUGGAGCUGUCACUGGUUUCCUUCUCACUGUCGGCUUUUGCUUCUUAUCUGGUUGGGUGUUCCGGAAGUGAAAACAAAUAUCACAAGAAUAGGAAACCAGGCAUAGCAAAAACUAAAUCUAAACUAAUGCUGUCUAAAGGCAGUGAGGAGUUAUGAGGAAGGUGGCCCUAGUUGUCAAGUAUUGUGAAGUUAGAUUUGGAAGUUCUAUGUAAUGUAUGUAUGCUUUCUUUUAAUCAUUCCAUUGUUGAGUUUGCCAAGUAUAAAUCUUAAAAAUUGUGCUAAA